CCCAGUCCUGCAUUCGCUCGACUGAAUUCUAGCUCGAGGCUCGGUUUGGUGCAGCCAGCCCGAGUAGUCGGUUCCCGUGUCAAUACUCCAGGAGCCUUCACUUCUGACACUUGAGACCACAGAGCGACUACUGGGCCGCAACAGACGGACAGAUGGCGGAACUGCCGCUUCCGACAGUCUUAGGCCUACCGGCUGUGUCUGUUUCCCCGUCCGUGCAAGGACUGCAAUUUUCCCAGGACGGACAAGCCGUACUCCUGACGAAGUAUGCCGUCUACAUUUUGACCCCCGACCUGGGUGUCAACGUCCAUUCCUCGGUGAUUAAGAAAAUUACGGACAUCAAGCCCUCUCCCCGCGGUAUCGUUCGACCGCUGGGAUGGCUGAGGACCAUGAUUGAAUAUGAUCGGUCUCUUCCUCAUCAAUGGCCUAUUGAUUGCUCAGAGUGGGGCACCGUUUCUCUAGGCUCGCUUGACCCCUCCCUCUGGGCAGCGACGCUUUCUCCUAGCAAUCUCACCAUGGACGCAGGAUGCGUGCUCGCGCUGCUAAACUCGAACCUUGAACUAACCAUAUGGAGUGCGAGCAAGAACCUUCUCACAGGAGAGUGGGUUAUGCUCGAAGAUGUCACAUCCUCUCUGAAAAUCGUGGCCGUUGCCAAGACGCAGGGUUCGGCGUUCAAACAGAUGUUGCAACUGCAGUCUACCUGUAUUGAGUGGUCCUCUCAGCCUAGUUGGGGCCUCACGCCCGCUCCACGCGUUGACGCGUCUCUGUUGGCGGUGGGUAAUCGCGCCGGUUCCGUUACGUUUCUCAGAUACAACAGAACCAACCGACGUAUGGUCGUUGUGGAGGAAGUUUCGGUCUCUGAUAGAUGGGUGACGCAGCUCGCAUGGUCUUCGUGGAGUCUCAUCCAAGAUGGUACCUGCGAGGCGAUGCUGGCGUGCGGCACGUCUGAUGGGUCGGUCACCAUCCUGACUGCCCGACAGACACUCACUGCUAAGCCUGGUAUCACACAAUUUGUGCAAACCCACCAACUCCAUUUGAGUGUUGAGCCUUAUGACGGGGAGGCAUGCGAAUCUGACAGAAGAGCUAUCACCGCCAUGAGGUGGGCGAAUGUCGCUGAGCGCAGCCCGAUUCUAAUAUACCACAAGGCCGGCGUUCUGUUCCUAUGGUCUCCAUCCUUUGGAAAAGCAGCAUGGUCAGGCUCGCGCACGCUGCUGCUCCGAACGCAGAAGCGCUCCGUGGGGUCGACGGCGCUUAGUCCAUGUUCUGGCAUCUCCUACAUACCAACUCAUGACGUGUGUGUGGUCUCUCUGUCGGAUGGAUCUUUUCAUGCCAUUCGAAAUCUCUUCGUCGACCCAUCGUUGGACCAAUCGUCAUCGGCAAACGUAUCGUCUGAAACGCUGUCCGCAGCCUCCCGCGCUAUUUUCGUUAGGGCUGAACCGGAGAAGGCCUCAUUCAAAGACGUGGACAGGACUAACGGGAUGACUACUUUCGACGGCCGUGCAACAUUUUUGUGGAUAUACGAAGCAUCACGUCCGACAGAUUUCAGCUACAAGCACGACGCAAAGCAUAUCAGCACAUUCGUUGUGGCACAACUGUGGGAGGAAAGUUUUGGCGAUGGAGUCAUCUCUGACCUGGCGGAGCGCGUCGGUCAUCCCUCAAAUAGUAGCGGGGAGACGCCCUUGUCUGCUCUUCGUGCAAUCCUUUGGCAGCUCCGGGAGUCAGUCAGGAUCCCACGCAUACACUCGGGUAUACUGAAGGUUCUGUAUCAAAUCCCGUUGAGCGGCGCCCUCGCGGAUUUCCACAUUCCACCAUAUGCCGGAGAUUGGACAUCGGAUGUAUCCCGCGAAGUUCGAGAAAGCUUGACUACGCAUCUCUUCGGAUGGGACAGCACUCAAUCCCUGCGCAUGCGAUAUGCCGUAGCGGUCUUCUGUCAGAACCACUCAGAGAUGCCCGACGUGCAGCAAGAAUUUGCCAAGGCUGCCAGUCUAUUUCUGGCGGGUGUCCGAAACCAUGUCCAGGCCACGUUGAUACGGCACAUCUCGGCCUUAAGUGAGCUACUCAAUCAGGAUGACAUAUCAUUUGCCCAUCGCACCAUUCAUCAGGCCGCCACCGCAGGAGCGCCCCCGACGUUGGCUAAGGAAGCCGAAGAGCUUCGGAAGCAACUGUUACGGUCUACGCCGCACCCUGAGCUAAGCACCGACGCCAGUACCGGGACCGGCGCGCGAACCCUCUCGUCCCUUGACAGCCUGGUCGAGCCAUGCCCAGCAUGCAAUGUCCCGAUCCCGCUCUCGCCUGCGGAUCCGGAAAGCGCCAUAUGCGCAAACGGCCACGUGUGGGCGCGCUGUUGCAUUACCUCAUACCUGCUCGCCACACCGACAGUACGGACAUGCAUUGGCUGCAGCCGCAAAGCGUUUCAACCUUCACUCACACUUGCUUCCCCUGCCGUAAACAUGCACGCGGCCGAGCCGACGGACGGGGACAGUCACGGAGACCGAGGCCGAGACAAAACGGCGCCCUCACCGCAGGAUACCGGCUCAAGCGCUGUCGGAGGGGUCGGAGGGUCAUCCAGCGUGCUUCCCAACUCAGCGCGCAACAGUAGGGUUGUGAGAGAUCUCCUCGAUGCGACGCGGCGCUGCCCGGUCUGCGGGAAUAACUUUGUCGUGCUCGUGUGAUCUCUCCGGGAUCUGCGCGGCAUACGUGUUCAGUACGUCGU